AAAGAAUCUGGUUAGUUUCACGCUUGUGUAGCCGCCAUUUCUAUUUAGAGGCAUUUUGACUGGCACUGAUGUACCACCCCAAUAAUCCUCCAAUGUAGCGGAAUUUGUGUAAUCUGUGUAUGUGUAUUGUGCAAACUUACUAAUGAGGAUCUUUAACAUUGGGUGAAUAAUUUUAUUUUUUAUGCAGAAUAGAGCAUUUUCAGUGAGUGAAUAAACGUUGAGAGAACAGUGAAAAAAUAUGGAAGACGGACAAAGAAUGUAUUCACAACAAGGGGGACUGACUAACAUGUCGGGAAACGUGUUGCCUCAGUACAACAUGGGUCAAGAUGAACCGUCAGAUCAGAGAAAACAGGAGAUAGGGGACAUCCUCCAACAAAUUAUGACAAUUACUGACCAGAGUUUGGACGAAGCCCAAGCAAGGUGCCGAAAACACACACUGAACUGUCAUCGAAUGAAGCCAGCAUUAUUUAGCGUACUGUGUGAAAUCAAAGAAAAAACGGUGCUAAGUAUAAGAAACUCACAGGAGGAAGAGCCCCCUGACCCUCAGCUGAUGCGGUUGGACAAUAUGUUGAUCGCAGAAGGAGUGGCGGGUCCAGAAAAAGGGGGUGGGUCAUCUGCUGCCGCCAAUGCCACUGCUGCCGCCUCUGGGGGUCAGCCUGACAGUGCCAUAGAACACUCAGACUACCGUGCCAAACUGGCACAAAUUCGUCAGAUUUAUCACACAGAACUUGAGAAAUAUGAGCAGGACCUUGAUCUAAGCGAUGGUUCAGAAAUCAAAAACUCGGACUAUGAAGCUAAACUGGCCCAGAUUCGUCAAGUCUACCAAACGGAAUAUGGGAAAUAUGAACAGGCUUGCAAUGAGUUUACAACUCAUGUGGUCAACUUGUUGAGGGAACAGAGUCGUACUCGUCCUAUAGCUCCCAAAGAAAUCGAAAGAAUGGUCACUAUCAUACGCAAGAAGUUUGCUGCCAUUGAAAUGCAAUUGAAACAGAGCACCUGUGAAGCAGUAAUGAUUCUAAGGUCAAGGUUCCUUGAUGCCAGGAGAAAGAGGCGAAAUUUUAGUAAACAAGCCACAGAGCUGCUGAAUGAGUAUUUUUACUCCCACCUCAGUAAUCCAUACCCUAGUGAGGAGGCCAAAGAGGAACUCGCUCGGAAGUGUGGAAUCACCGUGUCACAGGUUUCUAAUUGGUUUGGUAACAAAAGAAUUCGAUACAAGAAGAACAUAAAUAAGGCACAAGAGGAAGCCAACAUGUACGCGGCCAAAACUGCGGCAGCAGCGGCUGCUAACGUUGGCCCUGAGGGAGGUGCGGCCGGGUAUAACGUGGGCGGGGGACAGGCUGGGAUGUACAUGAACCUCAACGGGGGAGACAACUACCAGAGUAGUGAUAAUUCGGUAGGAGACAAUGUCCAAAACCAGGUGAAUGCAUUGCGGCAUGUCAUUUCACAGUCGGGUGGUUAUAGUAGUGACAGCAUGCACAGUACGCCUGCCUCCAUGUAUGAACAACAUAUGAACCAACAGCUACAGUGAGGCCCCCUGGCUCUAGUAGUAGAAGAGGUCCGCCAUGAAAUCUCACCAUAAAAUUGUAGUUGCCUUGAUUACGGUGUUAAAAGUUGAAUCUCGCUGGAAUUUUGUGUGCCAUGGAAACGAGGCCCUUAAAAACUCUCGCUAUUUCCAAAUCAAUAUACUUUCCUAAAGAAGAAUCUUGUUCAGUCUCCAAAAAAUAAAUUGUACAGCACAGAGAGAAAAAAAAAAUCCAAAAAUUCAAAGACAAAAAAACCAGGGUAAAUCUUGUGCUAAAAUUGGAUUUGAAUAAAGACGAGAAUAAAUUUUUGGAGAUAUUUGUGUUCAGACAUAUAAGAUUCUUCAAGAUGGGAUAUGAUGUAGGCCAUAAUUUGCCAUACCUUUUCUAGUGCUCUGAAAAAAAGUUAACUGAAUUAUACUUCCUUAGUUAAUAUUGUGUGAAUCAUCUUGUAUUCUAUAAACAUUGUUAUUCUAGGUAGCAAUUCACUUAAAGUUUUUUUCUUUUUCUGUUUGUUUGUUGUACAUAAGACCUCAUGAAAAAGCAUGGUUGUAAAAAAAAUUCGAGAUAAAUAUUGUUCAUUUUGCUAGAAAUGUUAUAUGAAAAUGUAUAUUUUAUCAUUUUGCUAUGAGCAAGUGCUAUGUUUUAAGGGAGUGCGGUCAAGUUCAUGUUCCGUGGUGCCCUGUACAGAACGCAUCAACAUAUUUAGUAGUUGAAACCAUAUGAAUUUGUUAAUCCCAUUAAAAGCAUAAUUUUUAAGGCAAUCUUUUUCAGCAGUUUGAUAGAAUCAAACUGAAUAUUUUAAUCAAAUGUUGUCCAUUUCUCUAUGGAAGUCAUAUAGUUUUAGUCCACUAUAAUGGUACUUUUAUGAAUAUAAAAAAAAAUAUAUAUGUAUGAUAUGUAUUAAAAUAAAUGCUGACAUCCCAA